AACGUCAGGCUUUCAUCAAAUUGAAAUCGCCGCAAAGAAUCGCUAUAAAACAGCCUUCCGCGACGCAGACGGCAUGUUGUACGAGUUUACACGUGCGGGAUUCGGGCUAAUAGUUCUACCUUCCGCGUUCACGUAUCGAGUGAAGUCUGCUUUAGGAAUUAUCGAUGGCGUGUUCAGCUGGUUGGACGACAUACUCGUCGCAAAACGAAACGUGGGAAGAACACCUUGCCGAAUUGGUGCUCGUCCUAACACGCCUUCGUGCUGCUGGACUGUCCGUUCACUUUCCGAAAUGCCUUUUCGGGGCUUCGUCCCAAGAGUUUCUCGGAAUGAUAAUUGAAGCUACCGGCAUGCACCCAGCCCCGUCGAAACUCGAAGCGAUUGCCAACAUACCCCGGCCACGAACGGUCGAAGGCCUGCGCACGUUUCUAGGCUUGACGGCAUAUCUCCGACAAUUUGUCCCUCAAUACAGUUUAGUUUCGGCUCCCUUGACCGGCAUCCUCCGCAAUAAGGACUUUGCGUCUAAGCGCGCACGUAAGCUCCCCAUUCAGUGGGAGGAAGCGGAGGAGCACGCCUUCCACCAACUACGACAGUGCCUGGCUUCCCCUACCGUGUUAGCUUUUCCUGAUCCUAAUGCACCUUUUGAGCUGCAUUCAGACGCUAGCUCAGUGGGCGCAGGUGCUACCCUGCUGCAGACCAUCGGCGGUACACCCAGGAUCAUCGCUUUCGCUAGCCACAAGUUCUCUCCCACCGAUGCUCGACGAGGACCCACGGAACGGGAGUGCAUGGGAGUAUUGUGGGGCGUUGAUCAUUUCAAGCCGUACCUAGCUGGUAGACAGUUCAGAGUCGUGACGGAUUGCUCUGCACUCACGUGGUUGUUUCGUAGUAAAGAACUCUGUCCCAAGUUGCAUAGGGGGGCUCUUCGCCUCAUGGAGUACGAUAUAGUAUUUGCAUGGAGGGAAGGAGUACAUCACGUGUUGCCAGAUGCUCUGUCCCGUCUCCCCGUGGCCAGUAGCCCCUCCGUAGAUAUAGACGACUCUUUUCCUGACGAUUUCACGUCCCCGGAUUCCGCUACUUUUGUUGGCCCGCAAGGCCCUGUGCUUGAUGGUGUGCGUCUCGCGGACCUCACGACCGAGAACGAAUCCGAGCCCGUGACCAUAGAUGCAAGGGUUGGUCCCGGGACUGUCGUGUGCAAGGAUGAGGAAGAUUUCGUAGAAGAUGUGUUGAUCUACGCCUCCUGA